UAGACAAUUUUAUAGAAAUGAUUGGUGAUGAAAAAGCCCAACAUGAUUUGCAAGCUGCCUUUGAGAGAGCGUUUAUUGAUAUGUUAUCUUCCUCCGAAAUUGGCUACAUUAACCCAAACAUAGCUGACUAUGUAAAGAAGUUAUUAUAUAAUUUCGAGUUACAUCAAGCUAUUAAUUAUUGUAUGAAGAAUUUUAUUCAGCUAACUCCAGCUUACGCUUAUGAAGUUCUUCAAGCUCCAAAUUUAAAUAGAAUAACGCAACUUAUGAUUGAUUUGUUAAAAAAAGAAACAAUUAGAAAUCUCAAUUCAAGAAAAUUUGGUGGAACCGGUUUAAUUCCCAUACCUCCAACUAUUGCUAGUGAAGGCAGCAUACAAAGAAUUGAAAAAAUUCCUCCAAAAAAAGUUAAAAAUAUACUUGCUGAGUUUACCAAAAACACAAAUAUACCAAAACAAAUAAUUAACAUUUUAUUAAAAGAAAUAAACAGUUUGAAACAAAUGGGAUUUGGUAAUCCAGAUUAUUCAAUGACUUAUAAUUAUAUUUGUUUUAUUGCCAACUUACCAUGGGGAAAAUUUAGUGAUGAGACACUUGACUUAACAAAAACAAAAAAGAUUCUGCAAGCAAAUCAUUAUGGUAUGAAAGAUUUGAAACAGAGAAUUUUACAGUUUAUCGCUGUAAGGAAAUUGAAUCCAAGUAUACCUGGACCAAUACUAUGUUUUUGUGGGCCGCCUGGAGUAGGCAAAACAACUAUAGCUAAAUCUAUUGCAAAAUCAUUGGGUCGUAAAUUUCAAAGAGUAUCAUUGGGUGGAAUAAAUCACAGCUCUGAUAUAAUAGGUCAUAGACGAACCUAUCUUGGAGCGCUUCCUGGACGUGUAAUGCACGCUGUAAAUCUGGCUCAAACAAUGAACCCACUUAUUCUACUCGAUGAAAUUGAUAAAAUGCAUAAAGGUUCAGGAGGUGAUCCGGCUGCUGCAUUGUUAGAAGUUUUGGAUGCAGAACAGAAUAACUCAUUCGUUGACUCUUACACUGAUGUACCAUUUGACCUAAGCCAAGUAUUAUUUGUUGCAACAGCGAAUACAGUGAAAUCUAUUCCUCAAGCAUUGCAUGACCGACUGGAAAUUUUUUUUUUGGAAGGAUACACCGAAGAAGAAAAAGUACAAAUUGCUGAAAACUAUAUUAUACCAAAAGCAUUAAAACAACAUAAAAUGGAUAACUUUCAUAUAGAAAUUUAUAAAGACACUGUAAAAGAUAUAAUAAAGAAAUAUACUUACGAAACUGGUGUUCGCGAAUUACAACGUAAGAUUCAGUCUGUCUGUCAAUUUAUUGCUCUGAAAAUAGUUGAAAAUGAUGAUAACAAAUCGAACAGCUUCAUAAUUACACCCAAAUCAUUGAAAGAAAUCCUGGGUGCUAAAUUAUUUGAUAGUGAUAAUGAACAAAUCGCACGAAUAAAUAACUGUGUGGGUAUGGCAAUUGGGCUAGCAUUGACAGAAAUGGGUGGUAGAGUUCAAGUAAUUGAAGCAUCGAGAUAUUAUUCAAAAGAUAAACCUUACCGGUUUUUAUUGACUGGUUUAGCUGGCCAAGUUUUAAAAGAAUCUGUAGAGAUAAGUCUUCACUGGAUACAGUUAUUUACUUUUAAGAACAAAAUAGAUAUUGACCAGUCAAAUGUUCAUAUCCAUUUGCUCAGGGGAGCUUUGAAAAAAGAUGGUCCAUCGGCAGGAGUACCAAUUGUUUGUGCUCUGGUUUCACUUUUUUGGAAUAUUCCACUUAAACCAUCGAUUGCAAUGACUGGUGAAAUUUCGUUAAAUGGACACGUUUUAGAAGUAGGUGGCGUAAAAGAAAAAAUUUUAGCUGCUUACAAUUCAGGCAUAAAAACUAUCAUUAUUCCAGAGUCGAAUAUGAAAGAUACCGAAAGUUUAUCACAAGACAUAAAGGAUGCCAUCAAUAUUGUUCCUAUUCAAGAUUUAGAAGAAGCGCUAGAUCAUGUAUUUCCAGGUGGUUUAGAGAAUUUGCAAAAUCCCCCAAUAAAAAAUACUCUAAAGUCAAAAAUAUAAGUAUCUAUAUGUUGUAUAUUUGCAUGAUUCUCUAUAUUGCUAGUUUAAAAACACAUUUGUAUGUAUUUAUUGGUGCUUAGCACUGGCCACUCUCAUUGAUUUUAAAAUAUAGAGGUAUUGUACAUACUUUCAUCAUAGUUGACCAUCCGCUAGUUUAUGAACUAUGACAAAUGUACGGCGGAAAUCCUGCAUAAAAUGAUCACUGAUCUUGCGUGUAGCACCGUUUAUCUGUAUAUUUUAAAAUCAAUGACACUAUAAUGAGUGUUUUGACUUAGUAAUUUUAACU